CAACUCCCUGAACAAUAUUUUUAUUAUUUCUCUGUGAAGUUUCUAUCAAAUGAAAAAAAAUUGUCCUCGUAAAAGUAAAUUAUUUUCGAUUUAAUUUUUUUGUAGGACUAAAAACGAAUGUGAUCUGUAUUUUUACAAUUUUGUGUUUUUGCAAUAUUAUGGAUGUCGCAUAGCAUAAUAUUUUAGUGAUAUUAAUAUACAAAAUGUGAUGUGAAUUGUGUUCAUAUUAACUUGUGGUUGUAACAUAAAAAGGUCGCGUAAUAAACAUGGGGUCCAUGCGACCGACGGGUCGUUUCCUCACGUUCGCUAACAAUAUUCAGAGGACACAAAAACAAACUGUACCUAGUGGGUUUCCUCAAAGUCUGUCAGGCAGUGAGACAGAUGUUUCAACGUCAAACGAGAACUUAUCUAGAGAGGAGAGGUAUGUUGUCCGCCACACAGCUCGGGUGGAGCCACAGGGUCAAGAGAACCACAGCCAGACCAACAACAAUAACAACAAUAGGAAUUCACUCAAGGACAGUGUGUCAGGCAGCAACCGCAACUCGUUAAAAGACUCAGUUGGUGGUGGUAACAGCAACCGAAGUUCUUUGGACGUCUCCUCUUCAUCAUACAACACACUCAUCAUACACAACCAGGAUGAUUCCUGGUCGUCACGACCAACACCUAUCCGAGAACACGAACGAACAAGUAGUGAAGUCAAACAUUCAAAUACACAAUCGUCGCCGUACCACACGUUAAAGAAGGAGGGUGUGAAGAAACCCAGCGGCAUCCCCCUGCCAAAGAUGCAUAAGGAGCAGACUGUUACAACAAACGCUAACUACAUCGAUAUCGGUGGACAGAGGAUCUAUACUAGCCCACCGGACCAUGGAGUGCAGGAAAUCACUGAGAUACCAGACGACUUCCUCAACCAGUCCUCAGUAUUGAAACACCUCGCGAAGGAAGUGGCGCAGUCGCCGACGCCGCGCGGCCCCACCCCGCCCGCCUCGCCCCUCUCCCCGCACCCCAAUAGAGCGCCCUCUAAACCAAGGGAGGAGAGGAAGGGCAAGGGCUCAAAAGCUAAACUCAGCAAGGAGAAGCUCAACUUGUCACGAUCACAACCCGAUUUGACUAGCGUGGGUGUGCGCGCGGCGCCGGGCGGCUCGGAGUCCAGCGGCUGGUGCAGUGGCGGCGAGGGCUCGCUGGAGGAGCCUGACGAUGCCUUCGCCGCGGUGCUGGACACGCUGGCGGCGGAGAACCACCAGCUCAAGCGACAGCUGGCUGACGCGUGCGAGCGGGUCGCCAAGACCAAUAAGUUGGAAGAGGAAGUGGAGAAGGUCCGCACGGCGCACGAGGAGCUGGUGGGGUCGUGCGAGCGGCGCGAGCGGCUCGAGUCGGCCGCGCGCGUGCGCCUGCAGGCGGACUGCCGCCGGCUGCACGAGCUCAACAGGGCGCUCAAACAACAGGUGGAGCUGCUGUCGCAAGGCGUGCGCGCGGACAGCGACGGCAACAGCGAGGCGCUGCGCAAGGAGCUGCAGAACAGGGAGAUGCUCAUCGCGCAACUCAUUACACAGAAUAAAGAGUUAGCGUGUGCUAAAGAGCGGCAAGAGAUAGAGAUGGCGGCGCAGCGCGCGACGCUGCAAGAGCAGCGCACGCACAUCGACAUCCUCGACACCGCGCUCACCAACGCGCAGUCCAACGUGGUGCGGCUAGAGGAAGAGUGCCGGCACGCGAGCGGCUACGUGGAGCGCGUGCUCGGCCUGCAGCGCGCGCUGGGCUCGCUGCAGCAGGCGUCCGACCGCCGCGAGCACACCGAGCGCAAGCUGCGCGCGCAGCUCGAGACUGAGCUGCAGGCCUUGAGGAAGCGCGAGUGCGCGUGCGGGGGCGUGUCCAACAGCAUCGGCUGCGCGGGCGGCGAGGCGGAGGAGCUAAAGCGCGCGCUGCGCGAGCGGGACGAGCGGAUCCUGGCGCUGGAGGGCGAGUGCGCCAAGUGGGAGCAGGGCUACCUGGAGGAGGCGGCCCUGCGGCAGGCCGCCGUCUCCGCCGCCUCCAUACCCAAAGACGUGAAGAUCGCGGCGUUGGAGAAAACGUCGGCGGAGUCGGAGCGUCUGAUGGCGGAGGCGCGCAGCGAGAAGAUACGCCACAUGGACGAGCUGCACCUGGCGCAGAAGAAGGUCGCGGACCUCGAGAGCAGAGUAAAAGAGCUGGAGUCGAAGGUAGCGGAACGAGACGCGAUGAUAAAAGUGCUGCAGAAGCACACGAGCGGCGCGCUGCGGAACAACUCGAGCCGGGAGGAGCUCGGUAACCAGUACCUGAGCAACGUGGGCCUGUCGUCGGGCACGUCGUUCUCGAGCGCGGAGGGCGUGGGCGUGGGCGCGGGCGGCGCGGUGGCGGGCCGCUACCGGCACCUCGCGCGCCGCAACUACUCGCCGCACAACGACAACACUAGCGGCUGCGGCUUCGACAGCUCGUCGCUCCGGCUCGAGGAGCAGCUGGCGGCGCUGGAGUCGCGCCUGGAGCGGCCGCCUGUGCCCGCCCGUGGUCUAUGCUGUUUCCCCGGGCUGGGCACGGUGGGCGCGCGCGGCAACGGUCGCGGCGAGGAAGCAUUGCUGUUGGAGCGGCAGGGCCGAGCGUCGCAGCAGACGCGCUCGUCGUCGCUGCCGCCGCCGCCGUCGGCGCUGCCCCGCCCGCCGCGCAAGCCCUCCGCCAGGACCACGAGAUACGAUCGUCUUGAGCACAGAGACGCAAGGAAGGACUCUGACGGAUCUGGCUCGAUAGCGUCGACAGCGUCCCGCAGUUCUCCGCUGCCGUACGACACGGUGACCCAACGCAAGCUGCCGUCAGUGCCCACCUCCGCGUCGCUGCCUGCCGCGGAGUCGCGCGAGUCGCUCGUCCGACCGCGCGACUCCAGUCUACCCUCGCCGUCCAAACUGGCGGUGUACGCCGCCGCGCGACGACGAUCCGCCGAGUCUGCCAAAGACAACAAUAAAAGAGGGCACCAGUAUCGCAUACAGUUUUAGAACCACUGGUCCUGUACCUAAGUUACACGUCAAUUCUCUUUCUACAAUUCUCAUUUUAGGGAUGGCAUUCGUUAUCGAUAGGUCACGUGAUCAACUUAUCAAUGGGACAUGUCAUUGUCAUACAUUUUUGUCGUUCGUUUUAGAGGCGUUUGUGUAAAGAGAGUUGAUGUGCCUUCUCUCGAGCUUUUGACGUGAUUUAACAUUCAUACAAAGCUAUUGUUUGAACCUUAAGAACCUUUUCUUUCUCUCAAGAUCUUGUAGGCCUUUAAUACGUAUACCACGCAUCUCUCUUCUCAUUUUGUCUCUCUCGAGACUUGAGAAAACAAAUAUCGAUCAAUAGCGGUCGAACGUACCUAUAGGUAGCAUCAUGUCUGAUGUGUUUUAACCAUGAACCUAUUAAGUUGGUUUUAACUUACUAGUGGUCUAGGAACUGAGACUGAUCAUUGAAAUAAAUUUCGUUGGUGCUACGAAAAGAGAUACAAAACACAAAAAUAUUGUUUUUAUUUUUGUCUGUUUAUUCAUUUUCGGAACAAAUUUUAUUUUCACAGAUUUAUUUUCCUUAAAAAAUAAAAGUAUUAGAAACUGUAAUAUUUUUUGUAAUUACUAGCUAUAAGAGAAAGGUUUCUGUUUCAAUAUAUAGAGAGAAGUAUUGAAGAAAAAUAACGUACCUAAUACAUGAAAAUAUUAUUUACGGACUUAAAAAAUUGCUCAUUAAAGCUGUCAGAAGUUAAGAUAACAAUUUAUAAACAUGGUAGGCAAAUAGAAAAGGUAAUCUACUUAGGCAAUCAUUCCAAUCCCUAUAGUAGGUAGGUACCUACGUAUAUAUAUUUAGAUUAACAACACAUAGGUACUGGAAAUCGAGUAAACCUAGUAUCAUUGAUCAAACAACCUAGAUUCAAAAUGGGUCUGUUUACCUACUAUUUUGCCUAUAUUAUUGAAACUAAACCAACGACUAGAUGUCUUAACUUGCGUUUUUAUUAAGGGUUGUGUUGUGUUAAAAGUGUUGUGAAUUGAUAGUUUAGUUUUUUUUUUGUUGUAAUUAACUAUUUUUAGUUUAUUUAAGAAUUUAUAAAUUUAUACAUAACUUAGAUAUCAAUUAUGUAAUUUAAAAUGUCACAAUUCACAAAUAAAAAAUAACAUAAUAAAAAUUAAAAUGAAAGUUAAUUAAUUAAUAAAUUCAAUAAUAAAAUUUGAUCCACGAAUUCAUAUUAAAGAGAAAUUUAAAUAAAAAUAUAUAAAUAAAUUAUAUGGAGUAAUAUGUCUAUCCAUGUGAUUUGUUUUUUAAAUUAUUUUUUUAAAUACUUAAUGUCCUGUCUAUUAGGAACCAUCUAGAAGUAAUGGUUGCAUUUGUAUGUAGGUGAAGAAAUAAACCUUUUAGAUCAAAAAUUUAUAAAUCAUUGUAGAACACAUAUAAUCACAUAAAUAAAUAAAUUAUAAAUAGUAUUUAAACUUUAUGAUUAUGGUAUUUGUGUUAAAUAUCUUUUGUUUAAAAUCUAGUAUUGAUUGUAUUCCGUCCGGAUAUGGAUAUGACGUCACAAUAAAUCAUGCUACCUACCUGACUUUGCAACUGUUUACAAGGUUUAUAUUUAAAGUGUUCAGACUGACAUUAAACAUUUCUUCUAUAUUAGAAUUACUGGCGUAACUACACCAUCUGAGACCCGUGGAGUAUUCAUUGUAGGGGUCCCAGAAAUAAUCACACUUUUUUAUGUGUUAUAUUACUUCUGAAUUACAGCUUCAUAAAAAACCGUUAGGGGCGUGUAAUUUUGCCAGACCCUUUAGUUACACCAUUGAAUAUAACAGUGCCUAUAUGUUUUGUCCCCUUGAUUUCUACCCAGUGCUUGUCCCAUUUUUUUUAAAUAAAACCUAUUAAUAAAUAAAUUAUUUUUAUACAUUUCAUGUGAAAUUUGUAACGUAGAGUAUGAUAUCUAGAACUAAUUGUAUAUUAGUUACUAUAUUAUCGUCUCAACAAGUUUCUACAAAUUAUAAGUGGGCACAAAGAUUGCUAAUGGGCAAAUCAUUCAAAUAAUGUAACUUUGUGCCGAAUUCUUAAAAGAAACCUACUUUGGGAACCACUGAAUUAUACUUGACUUAAUUAUUAUUGCAUAUUGGGCUCGAAAAUCGUAUCUUCUAUUUCGGAUCGAAAUUGUUUGUAUGACGAUAAUGUCGGGUAAAUAAGAUUUUGUUUUGGAGCCGGAAUAUAAAUUAAAGCUUACAAUUAAUAACUCAUAUAUUGAUAUCUAUGAAAGUCAAACACUUUGCAAGACAUUAUUGUAAAUUCUGAAUAUUAGUAAAAAGCCUUACCGAAGUAAGUACGUUAUAAGCGUCACACACGUUUGUUAAUUUUUUUUCACUUUCAUCAAAAUUAAUUGUUAAUCAUGGUAAAAAAUCUGUCUCUAGCUUCCUACAUUAUCUAUUCAAUAUUCAAUAUUUGUAAAACGUGUUCUCAAAACUAUCUAGUCUUAUUUUUAUUUAUUUGUAAUUGUAAUUCAUAAAAAUAACCAGAUCUUGUUGAAUAAGAUAUCGGCUUAAAACUUAAAAUGAAUUUAAAAAAGUGUUCUAAAAUAAACUAAGUUUGUAAACUAGGAAUUAUUUUCUAGAUACAUUGAAAACAUUGAAAACAUAGAAAUAUAUAAAUUAAUUUAUGA